CCAGUUUUAAACUCAAUAUUUACCAAAGAAAAGUACCGAAGUAGCCAAAAGCUAAUUAUAUGGGAAUUAUAUUUCAUACAAUAGUGUCUUCCUAGUAAGUCAAAUUGUUGGGAAUUGAUAUCGUACACGCCUUCAAUAUGGCAUGUUGAAACCCAUAUCUAUUUCUUUUAACCCAUUUAAAAAAUUAUUUUUAAGUUAUUUAUGUUUAUUUUAUUUAUUGAAUUUUGUUUAUUAUUUAUUACAGUAUUAGUAUUAGAAAUUAGAGUAAAUCUUCUUAGGCAGGGCUGUUUACUUUUAGUAAUCAGUCAGUAGUAUUGUUUAGGCCUAUGCACUAUACUAUUUAUUGAAAUUAUUCAUAUCUAGUGAUCUAUCAGAAUUCAUUAUAUUUAAUGGGAGUUGCCCCAGCUGCCCAGCUCAAAUUUACAGGAAACACCCACCACCCCCAACCCAAUGACAUUAUGAUUGCAUUUAUUUUGUUUACCACCAAGUUUGAGUGAUCUGCCCUUUGUUUACAGAAAAAUUUUAGGGGUAAUCCUGGAUUUCAGCAUCCCAAACUAUUUUGUUUAAACUGCUGUUAUUUUACUUUUAAUUCCUAUUUAAUAUUGGGUAGUAAAUGUUGGUUUUAAGCGUCACUCAUUUCCCCACGGCUGCCAUCUUGUUGGUUGCUAUGACCUCUGAUCAUCACUUGACAUGUAUCAAAUGGCAAUAGAGCAUGAAAAUGAUUUUGACACAAACUGUGUACAUUAUUAAAUUGGCAGAAUGGACGCAACAGACAGGUGAACCCACUGUGGUCAAAGCAGAUGAAACAAAGUAUUUUUAUCGCAGAUACCAUCAAGGCCAGAGGCGCGAUGGCCCCUGAGUGUUUGGCUUGGCAGAAUAAAAGAGAAUUGGAAAAAUGCUUUCUGGUAAAAGUACCCAAAAAACAAUCGCACUGCUCCUAACACCUACUUUGACAGCUGACAUUGUUGCGCAUAUGUUGUCUGGAUUGGACAUUGUUCCAGGUGGUUGGGGAGCUAAUGCAAAUAUUUCUAAUAUUAAUGGUAUUUGCAAUCAUUCUGUGUUGUAUGCCAUCAAAAGAGCUUUGUUGAUCCAGGCUCUCCAUGAUGUACAAGAUAAAUAAUGGGCUGGUCCACUGUUCCAGUAUUAAACAGAAACUCGUCCCUCUCCCCCAUAGACAGCGACGAGGCCAUGACAGGCAAUUCCGGCUCAUACCAGCAAGAAGCCAGUAUAGGAACUGCCCAAGACAAUCACGGACUGGAACAAGCUUUCAAAAGAAACAGUUGAGGCGACAACACUAGACACAUUUGCGUGUAUUGCCUCAAGCCUUCCAAACCCCAUUGCAUGAUUUCUUCACAAGGUAGCACUUGUAAUCAUUGAAAUAUCCUCAUCAGCACCAGGCACAGAAACAUUGCAAAUCCCCUCUACAUGCAUAGGAGCCAAAAUGAUCAAUAAAUUGAUCGUGGGCCCUUAAUAUAUAUAGAAGAAAAAGAAGCUAAGUGCAUGCGCUAAAUGUCAAAAACAUGUGAAUGUUGGCAAAAAGUUUUGCAUAAGAAAACUUAAGCCCUAUUUCGUAUGUGCAAGAAUGCGUACCUUGAUGGUGACAUUUUCACUACAUUUUUAAUUGCAUUUGAAGUAUGCUAUCCUGUGUGGAAAUUUCACAAAAACUAUGAGUUUGAAUAUAUUUUUAUAGACUUUCUACUUUUGAUUGACUUUUUUUUUAUUAAAGCUGCGGUUGCAAUUGAUGUUUUCAUUAUUAUUAAUGUGCUUAUUGUAUAAUUUGGGACGAUCAACUCCAGGAUAACCAUUUUAGGGUUUAGGGUAGGUAUGGUGAUAAAGCUUAGGGUCCAUUGUAUAUAUCAUAUUGCGAUAUAUUUUAGGUUUCAUGGGAGGCAUAGACUAUUAACUUUUGUGUUGGGCUCCAUCUUUUGUUGUCAUGUGUGCUUUCUUGUUCCGGAGUCACAUAGUCAUGUUUUGAACAAAGAUGGCGGCCACGAAAAGGAAAGAGGAUGUCAGGCUAUUGCUUAUUUCCUAUAGACUUUGUUGACUCUGAGAUUUUCUGUGUUCUUGACAUGCUCACACUCACACACUAACAUCAUGAUGCAGCACCAUUUAUUAUGUUCUGUUUUAUAUGAAUAAGUAGAGGCAAACCUUUGAACCCUCAAUUCCAUUCAAGCACCUUGGUUCCCAAAUGAAAUGUUAUUUAAUUGAAACUCAUGUAGAGAAUUUUUUUCCUUUUAAAAAAAUGUUUAAUUUUGGAAAUGAUCAUAAAUUGGCAUGAAAUUAAUAUAUGCUCUUUAUCAUUGUAAGUUGUACUAUUUUAGUCUCUGUUUUGUGACUGAAGGUAAAGAUUAAAUGACAAAUGCAAAUGAAAUAAGAGUUAUCUAGAUUAUAAUGUUUAAUGCUUGAAUAUGUUAACAAUAUUGAGCAUAAUUAAAUAUUAAUUGUUGAAAUUGAUCCAAAAUAUCAUACUUUUCAUAAAUUUUAUGAUAUGAUAAAAGACAGGAUUUAGAGUCUGAUAGCUCAGGCUCAGGUAGUAAACUUUAAUACUGGGCCAGCUGUUUUGUUACUGUUUUUUGUAUAGUAUUAGCUAUUAUUUGUGGCAGUGUGGGUCCCUUUUUUAUGAAACAGUGUUCGCACUCAACACCAACACUGUAUUAAAAUUUGACCUUGCCCAACACGGGAUUGGAAUGUUGACCUCGGCUCAGUUUCACCCCAUUUAGUAUGACAGUGACAGGCGUCUCUCCUCCAUGACAUAGAAUACUUAAAUAUUGGGAACCACUAGGUGUGCUUUAGUUAUAGUUAUAAGUUCAAUAAUUUAUUUCUCUGGGACCCUAGUGCAUCAUGCUAUGAAUUAUAUCUGGUUGGAAAGGGGAUUUUUUAUUCACUAUACUUUAUUUAUAUUUACAAGUCUCCAACGGUAUAGGAUAUUUUAAUAUUAAUUAAUUAAUUAAGGGAGUUUUCACAUACAUUCAUGAGGGGUCCCAACCCAUUUUAUUUAAAUAUCUCAAAAACCAUUUAACUCGUAGAAAUAUAAGAAUGUAUCUUAGAUAAAAUAAAAUGAGUAAAACAGAGUAGGGUUAAACCUGAAAAAAUAAACGCAACAAAACAGCGAACGUGUCGGCAGAAAGCCUUCGUCAGCGAACAAAACAACAGAAAAAAACAGUAUAAAAAUAAGAAAUAGCACUUAGCUGGUAAGUAGUAUCUGUGGGUAGCAAUAGAAGUGUCGAAUACUAGGGAGUUGUUUUAUUUGAGGUUUUAACAGCAUCCCUGAAGUGUGUCAUUGUACACUGCGGCCCAUUUGGACGCUCUGUAAGUAGAAGCAAAUGAGCCUUUAUAUUUCUGUGUUUGUAGAAUGCAAUUCUUAAGUGUUGGUAAUGGAAUAUUUCUGUUCAUGACUAUAUUGGGCAAUAUUUUAAUCACUGGUUAGCUCCGUCACUUUGAUGUGCAGUCAUGAUAUUAUAACAGUUGAACAUACAGCGUUCACUGAAUUCUUAAAUGGGAUUAGAUACCAGUGUAAGUGAGCAUAACACACAACAGUUAUAUCGUUCUGGUUACACAUACUGCAAUGUGCUUGUAAGCUAUGAAUACAACAGUAUACAACCAGCGAAUAUACGUGAAAUAUGUGCAGUAGACUAACUCUCCUGCCUUGUGCUAAAUUCUCACAUAGUCACAUAGGAAAUGGUGUAAGUGUUAGGAGACUAUUACCAGGGGUAUUAAUAUAAUUAGACAUUUCACAAAUUUGCUUUUGUCUUAAAAAGACACAGCGAUUGAGUGAUGCAAGUAUCUAACAGUGGUUAUACCUCACAUCAUUGUAGUACCUGUCCUGCUAUGGGUGCAUCUUACAUAGACACUAACAUAGACGACAGUACCAUAGUAUUUUUUAGAACUUUAUGUUAGCCCUCACAUUGGUUCUGUGUGUAACACAGUGUACGUGUUACAAGUUAAACACUGGCACAUGAUUUCUUUUAUAAUUAAACAUAAUUAAAAUAAUAUAAUUUUAUUGACGUUUGUAUAACAUGUACUACGCUAUCCUUAGUUGUCACAACCUAUAAUUAUGGCAUUGUUUAACAUGUUUAUUAUUAGUAAUACUAAUAACAUUUUUUAGUUAUGUUAGUCAGGAAAUUUUUAACCUGUACUAUUUGUUUCUUUAUAGAUACCGGUUUUGUCCUUUUUCUUUGGGCUUUUUCUUAGGCUUGUUUUCUGCAGCAUUUGUCUUUAGUGUUCAAAUAAAGCUAUAGUCCUCAAGACCUGAAUUUCUUUAGUGUACCUGGUAUAGUAGUAAAACCGUCAGUCUUGUUCAUCAUCACCACACCACCUUGCUACAGUUUUUGGCACUGCGAGCAGGGUUUUAAAAGUGUGUCACACACACUCCGCACAACUCUCAGUAGCCACCAUCCCUCAUCACACUACUACAUAUUAUUAUUAAGGUGGUUUUAUAUAGCCCAGUACCCCAGCCUAGGGCUAGGCUCACUGCGCUUCACAUAAAUUUUAGCAAUUACAGAAAAUUAUACAUUUAAAAACAAUUGGUAAAAAGCUUAACCUCAUCCAUCCACCCAAGCAUUAUCUACCCCAGGCUCGCCAUGGACAGCACCCAGCAGCAUCGAGCACAGUUUAUCAGUUGGGGGGGGGGGGUGAGAAAUGAGUCGGUAUAGUACAGUUUAAAGAGAUGGGCCUUAAAGGCAGUUUUGAAGGCGGUGGUGAUCGUUAUAUUGCAGAUGUGAAAUGGGUGAAAAUUCAAUUGUUUGGGGGCACAGAAAGAGAAAACUCCCUCGACCAUAUGUUUUAGUGCAUGUCUUGGGAAUGGANAGGAACCAGAGAAAAAGUUGUGACGGAGAACAGACAUCUUGUAAUCAAUGCGUGCCUGUAAAGGGAGGAAUGAGAGGAGUGAGAUAUAUAUAUUUAAGAUUCCUUUUUUUUUUUUUUUUUUUCUGUUUCAGAUUUCUCUUACUACAACUCCCUUAAAAUGCAGUUUGAAGUCCCAAUGCUUUCAGUUGCUGAACUGUUGCACAGCAUGAAAGAGACAAAUAUUGAUUUCUCGGAACGUGACUUAACCAAUCCAGAUGUAAAUAUUUUAUACUUUUUUUAUUACCAGUAAAUCAGGCUAAAAAUAAAUUAUAAAGAUGAUAAAAUAAGUACCUGUAUUUCUAAGACACCCCUUAUGACACUGUAACCAACCAACUCAAACUUUUCAUUUGUCAAUAGAUAAUGAAUUAUUCAGUUUAUUUAUACUUUCCUAUUUUAUAUCUUCAGUCUUCUCUUUGAUUAGUAACUUUUUAAUGUUUAUUGUUUUAUGAUUUUUCUACAUGCACCAUCAUAACUACCUGGAUUUUUUAAUGAUUUUAUUUCAUACUCAUUUAAGGACUGACCUUAAAACACAUAAAUAUGAAAUGUUGUGAUGCGAAUUUCUUAGCGUAUGGCUAUGCCAUUUGAUGUAUGAGAUGUAAUGUACUCAACCAUCUAUUACAUUUUUUUUACAUUUUGCAGCCUCGACACUGGCAUUACAUUUAUGGUGCUAUGUUUGAAACUUUGACUGAAAAAUCUAUUGACCAAUCCAUUCAGGUAAGAUAUUGCUUUUUUUUUUUUUUCUUUCUUGAACUUAUGCUUAUUCAAAAGUUAGAUGAGGGGUCCAAACUUGUGGUAGCCUUCCAACCUCUCUCCUUUCUGCAAGGAAAUGAAUGUAACAUUUUUUAAUAUGUCAUGAAGAUUUAUGUAGGUGUAUUGCUAAGUGGCCCAUAUUAUUAUCCACAUGCAGCCAUUCAGCUAGUUUAAAUUUGAGACCCCCUAAGAUGAAUCAUGCUUUUCAGAAUGCAUCCCAUAACACUGUUAUGAUUUUACUUAAUAAUCUUUUGUUGCAGUCAAUGUUAAUGGUGGUUAAACUGCACACAGAACAUUAUGACAUUUUUGAAGAAGGAUUUUCUCAGUUGGCAUUUACCACAUGCAUGUAGGUACUUUUAACUCUUAGUGUCCGUAGGUCAAAUGCACAUUUUGAGGCAGUAAUUUUGUUGACCCUAGGUGACCAUAGACAAUAUUUCAUAACUUUUCUAGUAAAAUUGCGAUAAAAAACACAUUCCUUGCACAUUUGAAAAAUGUAAACAUGUGGAUGUGGAAAUAUUGAUUUGAACAAAAUACCGAAAUAUUUAUAUAGAAUCCCUAAAUGAAAGAGUCACUAUGAAACACCAAAUAGACUGGCUGGCGUCAAAACGUGACCGUCAGAAAGCCAGUUAGACUGGCGCGUCGGACUUUAAGAGUUAAACUAGGCCUGAAAAUAACAAUACACAAUGUAUGUCCGUAGUUUUUUCAUAGAUAUUUAUUUUAACACCAGAAAACAAUCCUUUAAUGUUUACAUGGGUUUUUUGGGGUUGUUUUUUUGGGUUUUUUUUUUUUGUGUUCAUAAGAACAUUUUUAUGGAAAUAAUCACCUUGCUUUGAGUUCAAGACUAACUUAUUUUUAUAUUAUGCAGUUUAUUGCACACAAAAGUAUCAAACCUAUUUAGUCCAAUUAUCAGAAAUGCUUUUAACAUUAUAAAGAAAAAGUUGAGUUUAAAAAAUGAAACGAUGACUGAAAAUUAAUAGUACUAAUCAUAAAUAAUUUAUUACUAUUCAUUCAUUUAGUUCUCAUUAUGCUAGAGGCAUUCAUCAAGUUAAAAUAAUGUUGACUUUUGUUUUGCUAGACUACAUUUCAACAUGUUCAGAAAAAUUAGAUAUAGUUAUUGGACUGCCUACUUUAAAUAAUAACCUAUGCAGCAAUGAAUUUCAUAAUAUAACUUUCCUAAGCUUAGAAGUUCCGUUGCAUCAACUUCAUUUUAAUUGGAACAAUAAGUAGUGCUUAGUACAGGGGUUGGCAAACUUUUUGUGUGCAGGGCCCUGUUAAGAAAUAUAAAGCUAUUUUGGGUAGGCUGCAUGUAUAUUAUGUCCAAUUUUUACAUGUUGAUAAACAUUUCUCUAUAUUAAAAUCAGUAAAUUCGCAUCAUACAUGACAAAAGUCAUGGACUGUUUUUUAAAAAAAGAAAUUUGAUUUAAAAAAUGUUAAAACAAUCAUAACAGUACAUGAAAUUCUAUAAGAUUCACUAAAAUAACUUAAAAACAAAGUAAUUUUUUAAUAUUUAUAAACUAAAUUCCGUCGAGGGCCGCAUAAUAUCAAUUGUCAGGCCACAUGCGGAUCAUAGUUUUCCCACCCCUGGUUUAGUAAAUGUUCCACCUCCUAAAGACAGCUAUUUUUACUUUCUCAGAUAGACAAAAAUGAACAUCAUUUCCAAAUUUGUUUUUUUAAAACACACCCAAUGUCAAUCAAUUGUUCUGAUAAACUCACAUUUAGAUUAUUGAAGUUGUUAUAUUCAUUAACUUUAAUAUUUCCUAGAGAUGUAGAAUAUUUUACCUAAUUGUUUCUGAUUUAGUGUGCUUGCAUUUUUUGUUUUAUUGAUAAUUUUGCAGGUCAAGAGUUAUGAUUGCUGGGUUUUUUCGAGACUUUACUUUAAUGGAUGUAAUUCAGCUCAGUGAGUAAAUUAUCUUAUAGAAUAAAGCCUGCAAUCACCAUUCUCUAUUUUGUUUUACUCGCCAUAGUUGAUAGCUUUCCUUAUAAAAAAAAAAUAUGCAUCAAGUCAACUUUUUUUUUUUCUUUAAUUAGUUAAGUAUAUGUUAUAAGUCAACUGAUUCAAGUCACAUAAUAAUAGAUGACCAUUGAAUGUUUAAAUUAAUUUUUUUUUCUGUGGACAUAAUGAAGAAAUUUCACCAUGCAUUAAAUGUGGAAUCAUGCUAUAAAAAUUGAAAUUUGCUCAUGUACAAAUAGUAAUACAUGCUGUUUUCUGUAGCCCCAGGGCGUGCUAAGCGAUUGUCAAGUAGCUUUAUCAACAUGCUGCGGCACUGUCAGAAUAUACGAGUUGCUUUUUAUGAGAUGAUUGAAGAUAUUGUAAGUUGUGUUGAGUUUUAAAUCAUAUCUGUUUCGAAUUGCUUUCUGGGAUAAGUAGUUCAAUAGCUUUGUUGUCUAGGGGUAAUUUUAUUAAACUAUUCUGCUUAUAUAUGACAAAGUCAUCUUUGUAGGACAUUUGACUAAAUUUGAAUUUGGUUUUUUAGUUUGAGAAGCAAUUCCUGAUUGAUUUUUUAUAUCAAAUUAUUUGCAAUUUUAUGUUUUCUAUAUUGAACAGAAAAAAUCAAGGGAUCAAAUUGAAUUUGACCUAAAAAGAAAUAGAGAUCUAAAAGAAAGUUUGGCCAAAGGCAUUGAAGUGGAAGAGCCUAAAAAAGCCUUGAAACAAGAGGUUACUUUCAUUUUCUUUUGUUUCAAAUAUAUAUUAUCCAAAAAAGAUUAAUGAAAUUUUAUAUAUACAUAUAUUUUUUAUUAUUUUUGCAAAAAAGUAUUACCAGUCUAAUUUUUAUGUGCUUGUCUCCUAAGAUAAAAAGAAUUUAAUUUAUUUGAUGCGCCAUAUGUAUGUCAUUAAAAUCUGUUUGCAGCUUCAAAAUGAGUUUGAAGCUGAGCGACAAUGUAUUUGUGAGUUGAAGAAGCAAAGUGAGAGUGAAAAAAAGACUGGGAAUGUGCUAAAACUUAAUGUUGCAGAAAUAGAAAAAGAGAAGGUGGGUAUUAUUAUCAAUACAUCCAGUUUGCUCAAGUACUUUUACUGAUCUUUUAAAAAAUGUUGCCAGCAAAUAGAUGUAGGAGUACCAAUAUGUAACUUAUUGUAACGCUCUUGCUUCAAAUUUAGUGGUUUUAACCAGAUUUGUAUAGGAAUCAAAAUAGAUUAUAUUUUUAUACGUGGGCAUCCAUCAGUUGGGAUAGUGUAGCUGUUUUAGGAUUUUUUAAAAAUGAAGAAAUAAAGUAUUGCACAUUUUAAUAUUUAUUCCCGCUGAUGUCUAACAUCAGCACAAAUUUUUUCUAGCAUGAUAAAUACUUAUCAUGGGCUCUGUGUGGUAUAUGCACAAUCCCCCUUUGUUUUUAGGUAAUUUGGACCUUGGUAUAUUUUUGGCUGAAUUUUUAUGUUGGAUAUUCUAAUUUGUACCUCUUUCUUUGUUGUCUGUGAAUCAAUUUCUAUUUAUUAGGAGCGUCUUAAACAAGCCCUAACGGAAAUCCAACAAGAAUGUGACAAAAUGUCUCAUAAGAUUGUACAGUCGCCAAAGAGAUUUAGACAUGAGCAGGAACGGUACAAAGCAAAAGUGACAGAUCUCAAGAAUGAACUAAUAACCAAGGAGCGGGCUCUUUCAGAGAACAAAAAGCUGUUGGUAAUGAUGUGUUAUUGUUGGUUUUUUUUUUUUUUUUUUUUUUUUUUAAGAAUUAAUUUUUUUUGGUUUUGGGUGUUUUUUUUUUUUUUUUUUUUUUUUUUUUUUUAAGAAUUAAUUUAUUUGUGGUCUGGGUGUUUUUUUAAUUGUAAUAACAAAAUUAGCAAUUGUAAAAAGAUAAUUUAACUAAAGAUAACAAUAUGCGAUUUUGUGUAACCAGCCAAAAGAUAGAAUAGAUUACCCUGUGAACUUAUUUUAACUAUAAGUUGUUAAUGAUAAUGGUUUGAAAAAUUUUAACCAUUUGCUGUUUUCCACUGUCAGGAACAAACAUCUGAGAGGUUACAGGCAAUAACAAAGGCUGUAAAAUUGGGCAGAGACGUAUUAAGUGAUCUUGAAAAAUCUAAGUAAGUCUUGCUGGAAGAGCACUUAGAAAAAAGACCAAAAUUAUGAUUUUUGUGCAAUUUUUUUACUUCAUUCAAAAGGGUUAGAAAAUGCUUUUGAAAAAUGUUUCAACAAAGUAUUUGAAAAUUAAAUUGCCUGAAUGUUAAUAACCCUUGUGGUUAAUUCAUAUACUUCAACUCUAAUAAAUCUCCAGUGAACUAGAUGUUAUGAUUCAGCAGCAAUCUGAUAUUUACCUUGAGAAUAAAGAUAAGUAUAACUCCACUGUGGCUAGAGAAGAAGACAUAAAGGAUAAGCUGUGUAUAAGGAAGGAGCAGCGCCACAAGAGCUUGAGUCAAAUUGAUUUAAACAGAGAGUCGACUCACCAUGAACUAACUAAUCUUAAACAGUAAGUUUACUUUCACUCUUGGUCAACAGCAAGAUUUCAUAGAUGAGAUGCUAUGACACCAGUGAUGCCAAAUCCAUCUGUCAUAGGCGAUAUCUUAGAAAGUCAUUUUACUGUCAUAAAAACUGCUUAUAUUUAAUGUUAUCUUUUUACAUUUGGUACUAUGGCUGAAUAUUGAAAUAUUUGUUGCCAACUGCAGUAGUUCUUUGGAAUUUUUUUUUUAAUAGUUGGAUAUAAUUUUUAGGCAAAUAUUGUCUGAAACAUAGUCGGUAUGGAGAAAAUAUUUCAUGUUGCUUACAAAUUUAAGUACAGUACCUGUAUUUUGCAUACCCAAUAAAAUGUUCACAUGGUUAUUUUAAUUUUAUUUAAGGCAACGAUGUAAAUUAGAAGAGAGUUUGAAAGCCACAAAGUUACAAUGUUCUCAGCUACUUAGCCAGCAAGCAGUGAUUUUAACGGAAAUUGAAGAGUUGGAAGCUUUAUUUAAAGCAAGAACUGAAGAAUAUGAAAACAAGUGUGUGGAGAUUUUUGAAGAGGUAACCUUUUUGUUAAAAUGGAGGAAUUAUGUAUUCUGUGUGUAUUUAAAUUUAAGGCUUGAUCUGUUAGGCUAUUUCAGAGUACCAUAGUUAUAUAUGGGGUGUUGAUAUUUGGCAAAUUUGAUUCAAAUUCACGUACCGUUAACUUGACUGUUUAAAAAAAAAAAAAAUUUGCAUUGCAAGAAAGCCCUUAAGUAGAUAAUAAGACACAAUUUGUGUUGAUCCUAUAAAUGUCUAAUGCAUUUUUUGUAGCGUCUAAUGAAAAAUGUUUACUACUCAUAUUCUGAAUUCAUCCCAACCUAAUGCAUCAUAAAUUGUUCAAGCUAUCAAAAAUCAAGUUCGAGAUACCAGUACUAAAAUCCAUAUUCUUUCAGAAAAUGUCAAGUUAUAGGCAAUGUUACUUUUUAAGCUGCGCAGCUUUCUCACAGGCACAGCAGUUUUGAGUCCUUACAGGACAAGGCUAAUACACUGUUAGAUGCUCAAGAUAUUUUCUUGUUACCAGUACCAGUUGCUAUUUAUUGUUUACUAUGUUUCAUUAACUGUUUUUCAGAUCAAUUCAAUUAAUGAGAAUGUAAUACAAGAGACUACAAAGGUUAAAUCUGGUUUGAUGGAUGAAGAUGUGGGAUGAAUGUUUGUUCUUUCUAGCUGUUCAUUUAAAUACAUAGACAGCCGACAAGAAAUUAGUUUUUAAAAAAUCAAAAAAUUUCCAUUGGUUUACUUUCAGUUUGAUUCACUCUACACUCAGUUUACAUAUUAUUAAAUUCAUUAGUUUCAGUUUACAAUAAUAGUAUGAUUUCUGUUUUAACGAAAUGCUCAUGAUCCUGCACAAAUAAAAGCUGGAAUUUAGAAACAGCUCUUACCUAUUUUACAUACCAUCAUCCCUAUUAACAAUAAAUUACAUUUUUGGAUCCCACCCUGCGUCUAUAUAAUAUUGGGUUUCUUCUACACACCACCGUACCACCUAUUUCAAUUAAAUUGUAAGAAUAUUUUUUAAUUAGGAAAUUAAACUGCCUCUCUAAUAAACCACAUUAAAAGUUAUGACACAGGUAUUCUCCCCUUUUAUAACCGCCUCUCGCUGUUUGGAGUUGUGAGUUAAGCCAUACGAAAUAAUUGUGGCUUAAAUUACAUCCUAAAUAUGGCAAGUUGUCACUUGACUAAAAAGAAAUGUUCAAAACUUUGUGAUAUUUUGAUGGACACUGAAAAUAUUUAGAAAUCAUGUAUUUCACAUAUUUUUAGUUGACUGAAAUGUAAAUAGGCUAUUUAUGAGCCAUCAAAAGUUGAGGAUAAUUAUUGCAGAUUUUCAGCACUUUCUUCUUAGACCUCCACAAACACAAAAUCUCUUAAAUCAGCUGCCACCUAGUCAGUGUAUCCAAGUUGUAUGUAAUGUUCAUCCAUCUCACUUGAAGAUGACCAUGGUAAUUUUCAACUUGAGUAGUGGCCUUGACUAUUUUGUUUAAAGUAAGGGAGAGUUUCUCAAUUCCUCAGCCUCACUCUCUCAUGUUUGAGUCAAUGGCAAGAUGUAGUCAGGACGACUGGAAAUAGACCAGGAUGCUGUAGAUAUCAGCGUUGUUUUUUUUCCAAGUUGUAAUAUAUGUAUGGCCUCAGACUUAACCUAAGCAUAUUCCAGUGGUUAUCAGUAUGUGAAGUGAAUUGGUGCUAUUGAAAUUUCUGUCAUUGGUAUGCUUUGUAAAUUUAAUUUUUUGUAACAGCAAUUCAAGAUAAAUCUGCAACAUUUGAACUGCAUGUUCAAAAUUAUGUUUCUUAUUUAUUUUUUUUGUAACAUUGUGUACAUGAUGUUUUUAUUUCUUUGUCGUACCAGUAACUCAAACUGACAUUGUAAGUAAAAGUAAGUUAAUAUUUAAAAAUCACUAGCUGAAACCAUUUAUAAUUGAAGUAAGAAAGAUGCAUGUAAAGAUUUGC